AUGGAGGCAGUAGGAAGGCUCGUUUCUUUAGCCCUUUUAAUUUCAUUAUGUCUGGCAGAAAAAAAUUUGAAGGUGCCUCAAGGCAGAUCGACCUGCGGGGGCCUCCUACAAGAGAUCCAAAAGGCUCUGAUCCUGAACCUCAAGGCCAAUGAAAGCUGCACCUGGACAAUAGAAAGACCAGGAAACGAAACUGUCAGACUCAUCUUUUCCCACUUUAAACUUGACCCAGGUGCAAGUUGUGAGGUUGAAAACAUUAAAGUUUAUGACGGUGCCUCCACUGAUACGCCUCUCCUUGGGAAAGUCUGCAGCAAAGUUGACUAUGUCCCAGUGUUUGAAUCAUCAUCUAACAGCCUGACAUUUCAGACAUCCACCAGCUCUUCAGUAAUUCAAAGAAGUGUUUUUGUUUUCUAUUACUACUUUUCCUCAGAAAUAAGCAUCAAUAACUGUGGAGGCUACCUUAAUGAUUUUGGGGGUUCUUUUACCAGCCCUAAUUACCCACAGGCACACCCAGAGUUUGCUUAUUGUGUGUGGCACAUACAAGUGGAUAAGGGCUACAUAAUAGAUCUAAACUUCAAAGAGAUUUUCUUGGAAAUAGAUGAAAACUGCAGAUUUGACUUCAUUGCUGUCUACGAUGGUCCCUCCACAAAUUCCAGCUUGCUUGGACAAGUGUGUGGUCGGAUCACGCCCAGCUUUCAGUCUUCUUCAAACACUCUGACAGUCGUGCUCUCCACGGAUUACGCCAAUUCAUACCGAGGCUUCUCUGCUUCUUAUUCUCCACUUUAUGAAAAAGAGGUCAACGCAUCCUUGAGCUGCUCUUCCGACCUACUGACCGCUAUCAUAAGCAAAUCUUAUCUGGAGGCACUUCACUAUAAUGAGAAUGACUUACAACUGAAUGAUCCACUCUGCAGACCAAGAGUAUCAAAUGUUUUGGAAUAUUCUUUCCCUCUGAAUAAAUGUGGUACAAUUAAACAGGUCGAGGGUCACACCAUUACUUACACGAACUUCAUCACUAUUACUAACUCCUCCAGCUCUGCGGUGAUUACUCGUAAGAAACAUCUCCAGAUUAUUCUGAAAUGUGAGAUGGAAAACAAUUCCACCGUAGAAAUAAUGUACAUAACAGAAGAUGAUAUAAUUAAAAAUAUAAGUGCCUUGGGGAAAUAUAAUAUAAGCAUGGCUUUUUACGAGUCAGAAUCCUUCAACAAUCCUUUACUCAGUUCACCAUACUACGUGGAUUUGAACCAAACACUCUUUGUUCAAGUCACUCUUCAUGUGCUAGAUCCAAAUCUCGUGGUGUUCCUUGAUACCUGUAUAGCAUCUCCCACGUCUGACUUGGCCCCACCGACAUAUGACCUAAUCAGGAGUGGAUGUAGUAAAGAUGAUACUUGUAACAUCUAUCCCCUAUCUGGACACUAUGGAAGAUUUCAAUUCAGUGCUUUUAAGUUCUUGAGAAGGCUUGGAUCUGUUUAUCUCCAAUGUAAAGUUUUGAUCUGUGAAAGUAAUGACACACAAUCUCGAUGUAAUCAAGGUUGUAUCUCUAGAAGAAAACGAGCUAUUUCUUCAUAUAAAUGGAAGACAGAAUCAAUCAUAGGUCCUAUUCGUCUGAAGACAGAUCAUACUACAAGUAGCAAAUCAGAAUUUCAGAAUCAAGUCCACACAGAAGAAAGUCAACAGGCCCAGCCUUUCAGCAGUUUACAUAUUCUUUCCUUUAUGGUCCUGUCUCUGAAUGUGGCAAUUGUGGGAGGAUUGCUAUUGAGACAGUACAGAAAUCGUGGAACAGAAUGCCAAUACCAGAAGCUACAGAGUUACUGAUGGAAGUGUCCAGCCUCAAGUGAGAAAUGUUUCGCCAAAACACCUAAUAAAAUGUUGUUUU